CUCGUGGCGCGCGGCUGGACCUGAUGACGCAGACAGAGCUCAGAGCUGCUGCUGAUGUUCACGCGCAGGAAGUGUGCAUUGGUGUUUCAGAUCUGGUUCCAGCUGGACGGAUCCACAAUGUUCACCGCUGCAACUCUGCACAGUCUCCUGAUGGUGGCGCUGUGUCUCGUAAGCUGGGCCGUCCCUCACGGGAGACACCCAGGAGACCUUCACGGAGAAGAGAAAGAGUCCUCCUCAUCUCUGAUGGACAGAUCCCGGGCUUCAGACUCCUCCAGUCUCAUCAGUUCCUCACAAACCUCUGCAGCGGACAGCACUGAAGCUGGAGACGCUCAUGUCCCGGACUCAGACUUCAGCUCCAGACCGCUGGACGCUCCGGACACCUGGACAGAAGCGGAUCGUCUGCAGACAGAGGAAGUGAGCGUCUCGUCUCCGGCCACCAUGUCCUCCGAAGACCUUCCUUUGAUCUUUGAGCCGUUUGAAGACGUCACGGCACCCAGAGCAUCAUCUGGACCGUCUGUUGCCAUGACGCCAGCGGCUGUAACCGUGGAGCGGAUGGUGUCCAUGGAUACGGUUCACACUUCCUCUGACAUCCGUCUCUUAGGAACGAAAGACCCAAUCACAGAACGCCAUCCGGAAGCAGAGCAUCAUGGGACGACACAACCAGGUGAUGAUGUCACGCAGCGCUCUGUUACCCAUCAGCCUCUGACGGCUGAUCCCGAAUUGAAAGGUUUGUCGUGUGUUCAGAUCAGAUCAGCUGAACGUCUCUGUGUUACAGAGGAGCCUGAUGAAGAUGAGGAGGAUGAGGAGGUGGACUCUGAUGAGGAGGAGAGCGAAGAGGACCUGACAGAGAGCACCAUGGCCCCGCCGUACAGCCUGAUCCCUCCUCCUCCCGUCUGGGUGCAGCGGAACCAGGGCCUGGUGCGGAGCUGGGUGGAGCUCAUCAGAGAGAAGGCUGGGUAUGUGUCGGGGAUGUUGGCUCCGGUGGGGAUCGGCAUCGCUGGAGCUCUUCUUCUGGUCGGAGCUCUCUACAGCAUCAGAGCGAUCCAUCGACGGAGGAACAGCUUCAAACACCAGAGGAGGAAGCCUCCCAGAGAAGUGCGCAGCGGACCAGACAACGCCAUGCUGCUGGCCGACAGCUCAGAAGACGAGUUCUGACCAGAAACAGCUGAGAUAGACACUCAGAUCAUCUAGAACAUGAAUCCUCUUUCAGAAUCACAAUCAGAACCAUUUACACUGAUGAGAAACAUCAUUGAGAUGCUAUUAUUAUAUGCUUUAAUAAUAUUUUGAGUCACAUUUUAUGAUGUUUUCAUUUAUAUAUAUGUGUGUGUGUGUGUGUGUCCAUAUAGUUGAUAAAAAAAUUAUUCAGAUUUAACUUAUUUUUGUUAUGUUUUUCAAGUACGUUGAAUAUUAAAUUGUUAAAUAAAUUAUUAAAUUAAAUGAGAAAUAAAAUUUAAAUGAAAAAUGUAAUCUUGCAAACUAACUAAAAAUAUAUAUAUUAUUUUUUAUUUUAUUUCAAGCAACAAAAAUGUUUUUAUUAUUAUUAUUUUUUAAAUAAAGUGUCUUGGGUGAAUGUUCAUUUUCAGUAACUCAAAACAGUUAAUUAUUCCACUUGUAUAACCGCAUUUAUAUAUGUGUUUAUUUCUUGCUAUUUUUCAGGUUUUAGUCCAUAAAAUAUAAAGAAUAACAUUCUUCUGUUAUUAAGAUGCUGUCAUCAGUUCAGAAACAUUAAUAUCACCUGAAACGUCUGUCAGCCAAUCAGAAUCCAGGAUCAAACAGUGAUAUAAUAACAGCACACAAUGCUUUACGACUCUGGUUUGAUUGGAAGCCGCCUCACAUUCACACACAUCAUGACAGAAAUACUGUACUUACAGUAGACUGUAAAUAUGAUCGUUAUGAUGUUGUUUUCAUGACAAUCUGAUCUCCUCACGUGACGUGUUUGUGUUUCAUCUGAUUCACUGCAGGGUGUUUUUAUCAAAGUUGUGAAAUAUCUUCAGUGUCCUACAAAUGUGAACACUUCACUGUAAAUACACUCAAAUAAAAGAUCUAAUCAUGUA